AUGUCUGACACAAAGCGCCAUACCCGCUUUAUUGAGGAGCCGUCUUCAAUUCAAGUCGGGCCCGCGAUCGCCGAACCGGACACUGCCCGCAGUGGUGGUGUGCUUUCUCCCAAACUCCAUCGGGGAGCGGGAAGCCCGACCCAACCCGAAGAAAAGCCGACACUACUCCGCCCCCGCGGAUUCCCAGUCAAGCCAACAAUUGAGAGACACGAGGCAAAAUUUGUUAAUGUGUUUACCGGCUCACCUUGGAACCGGUACGAUGUCAGGUACCGAAUAAACCUCGGCUACUCGUUCGGCGUGGUCAUCGCUCGUGAUACAAGCCAUGCUCGGAUGAUCCGUACAAUCACUGGACCCAACAUCGAGGAGCAACUACAGCGCUUUCGUCAGCUAUGCCAUUCCAACAUUGUCAAGACCGUGGAGAUAUAUAACUGCUUCCACCAGGAAGACAACUUUCUAGUUUCAGAGUUGAUGCUAACGUCUCUCCGGCAUAUAUGCCGGUCGCCCAUCUACCCUACCGAGCAACAGCUCAGCUCCAUCCUGCACCAGGUUCUCUGCGGCGAAAAGUUUCUCUUAGAAAAUAACUUGGUUCACGAGCAGCUGUCUGCUGCGAACAUCUUGGUGAAUUAUGCAGGCGAAGUCAAAAUCUCCGACAUCGAAAGUUGCCGACGAGACGGUGAUGGCACGAAGCUCCUAGAGUCGUUCAGCCGUUUGAUGAUGAAGCUAAUGGACAAGGAGAAGUCGGUAUCCGCGGCCAUUGGUCUGUCUCAUCCCGAUAACUGGUCACACGAAGCCAUCGAUAUGUUCACUGCGGCCGUCUCGAAGCCUGGUGUCAACGAGUUGCUUGACCAUGGGGAUUUGCAGAAGCGAAAGCAGACGGAGUUGGUGUGGCUGGUUCCAUUGGUACUUAUUUCUGCAAAGCAUGAUAGACAUUAG